AUGAACGACAAAGUGUUGAACUGGAAAAAGGCAAAUGAAUCUUGUGAGGCUACAAAUAAACAUCUUGUUGUCAUGGAGACUGAAAGAGAGUGGCAAUUUAUUACCGACGAAAUUGGGAAGCUAGAUACCGAACAUAAUGAGUGGCACAUUGGUUUGUUUUAUGCAAGUGGAAACUGGACCUGGAUCAAUGGUAAACCUUUAACUUUAAGCAAAUGGCAAAAAAAUGAACCAGGCCCUGAGGACCUUUACGGUCUCAUUCAUAAGGACUUUCCUUCAGGUUCUUAUGGGACAUUCAGCAGCAAUAAAGGAGUUAUAACAAGAGGUUAUAUUUGCGAGCAAGAAACAGGUAAAACUAAGUCACAUUAACGUAGGUGUAUUCUCAAAUGUGCUAGAACUUUUCAUUUCACCUUCAGACUAAGUAGCCUCUUAAAAGACGGUCACCGAAGCAACGUUUUAUUGGCAGUACAAACGCAGUAGUUAUAACUGCUACUUAAUUGUAACGAGCUGUGUUUGUUUUAAAUACUGUGAAAACGAUGCGUCGUGAUUCGUAAUUGUAAUUAAAACAACUUUAUUGAAUAACUUCUUGGCACGACUAGGGACCGCAGAUCGCAACCACUUUGAGAAAAGGUUUUUGUUUAAUAAGUCAUUUUAUAAUUGUUUUUCUCAUUUUAAAUCGACUAAAGGUGGCUCGAUAGGGUUUUUCAGGGUCAAUACCUCCCAAGUUUGAGCAUAAAAUAAGUCGCCAUAAUUCUAGAAUUAGAAUAAAUGGAUUUUAUUUGUAUGUCUCGAUACGCUGCGCUCUAGUCAGCGGUUUAUUGUAAAAAUGUUUGUUUACUAUAACAAAUAAGCAAAUGGUUUUUAAACCAUGACUGAGUUUCAAGAUAAGUGAUAUAUUGUAAGGUGGCAAAAUUACGGCUGUAAUUCGCUGACAGCCUCUCAUUAUUCAGGAGUAUUGUUUCCAACAAGUUUUAUUUUCAAGUGAACAGCAGCAACUGACGAUGCAUUUGAAAUAUGUAUGCAAAAAGCUCGUCCUCGAAAAAAUAACGCUAGCCGUUAAAGCUUCCUUUUAAGUUAUCUCGAUAACGCUCUCACAGAUUUCGCUUAAAUUUCUCAAACAUUGAGGCGGCUAUUGGAAGGAAAGUUUCUCGUGAUUGAUUUUUAAGAACAGUUCCUAGUGCCGAAAAAUACGGCUGCAAGUAAAAUAGGUGAUGGCGUCAUCGUCAUGAUGUCAUGUAACCCCGGUCAUAACAUAUUUUCAUUUUUAUACAGCUGUGGUGGUAAUUUUUCCAAAUCUUUGUUAAUGGCGACGUAAUUUAUGCUCCAACUUGUGAGGUAUUGACCCUAAAAAACUCUAUCGAGCCACCUUAAUUAACUUUAUCUUUUUCCCUUACAGAUAACUGCGACAUAUCUGGCAAUAUAAGUAGUGUCUGUAUGAGACAUUAUAACGUGACGAAACCUACUAAAAGGCCGCAACCCAGAACAAUCUCAUUACAUCAGUUCACCACCACAGAAACAGACAGUACAAAUUCAGCUUCUCAACCCCCAGGUUUGCCAAGCUUUAGUCCAUGCUAGUCAUAUUUCUCAAUAAAAAAUGAGGGACCCUCAUUUUUCUCUCUCCCCGCCGCGUCUCGCCUUUCUCGCGUGGGGUGAUCUUCACGCGCGCUCGCUUUUCCCUCGCUUUACUAUCCCUGAGGAAAAAUGGGGACUGCUCGUAGUCUAUUAAAAUUCGAUUAAUUAGAUCGUGAUCAUGAUCAUGAUCAAAUUUGUUACCGCAUUUGAUCAUAUAGCGAAGACACUGUUUGAAAUGGAAGAAAAUAACGUAAAUGCCUUAAAGCUCUUGGAUCUGUAGAUAAUUUCCUCAAGGUAACAUAAUUGUACUCCACGACUUUGAAGUAAAUUUCUUUAUCAUUUAUACUUCCUUUAUAAAGAAACCGAACAAGGCCAGGAAGAGAGGGAGAGAGAAAGAGAGAAAGAAAUAGAGAAGGAAUUAAGCUUCCAAAAAAAAAAACCGUAGCAAAUAGAGAGAGCUUCAAAUUUUCCCACUGCAUGGGAAUUGCUUAAAACAUAUAAUGCUCUUUUCGAACGGCUUCUUUUAUCUGAAGGCGAUACUUGAUUAGUGGAAAACUUUCAGUUUUCGGUUUUAGUUUUUCUUUUCCCAUAAUAAAAGUUUUAUCCUGGAAACAUGAUUUAAUGCAUCACGUGUAUACUUUUUAUAUCACAUUUUUGCCCCCUUUUUAGGAUUUACAAAUCCGCAGUUAGGCGAGGACAAAGAUGACACAAUAGUUAUAGUAGCGGCGACCCUUGCAGCUAUCUUAUUCAUUGCACUAAUUGUACUUGGUGUAGUUCUAUUUCUGAGGCGGAAGAGACGACAAUCACAUGGUAACUUGCUCUCAACAACAGGACAAUGUUAAUGUUGUAAACAAUUUUUAUUCAGACUAUUUCCUUAGCUUUUGUUAGCUCUGUCUUUUGGAAAGGUAGAGCCCGAAGAGAAGAAACGCCGGGCUACCAUGUAAUACUGAAAAAGGGUACCGGAUCCGCUACCCGUCGGAAAUUAAACUCCGACCGUUCUAGGUGUGACAGGCUUAAUUGUACCCUGACAACAACAACAACAACAACAAGCUUCAUUUACAUUUCGCUUUAGAAUAAUUAUAGUUACAUAAGGUAGUUUAGUCUAACGGUCAGUUACAAUGCAAUAUAAUAAGGUCCUCUUCUAAAAACAGACGACAAAAGAAGAAAAUGACUGCGUUUUAUUAUUUAAAAAGUUAAGAAUGCCCCAUCUUUCUUUUCUUCUGUUUUGAUUUAAAUUAUUAUUUUCGUAUAAAUUAUUAUUUUCUAAUUACAGUGUUAGCUCUAUGCAAUACCUAAGUUAGUUUAAAUAUUGCACGUGUUUCCAUCAUAUACCAAAACGGAUACCCAGCAAAUCCACAUUUUCAACAUAUAUAUACCCCUCAACUCAUUUUGGAGUCCUGUUUCUUAAGUCAGAGAAUCAGUGACUUUUAAACUCGUCGGACAUAAUUUAUUAAGAAACAAAUUAUCUGGCAUAGAACAUAAUGAGGAUUUUCUUAAGGUUUUCGAUCCGAUCCCUACAAUAAUAUUCACUGAAUUUUAGCUGUCACCCUUGAAACAUUUUCUUUUCUUCUUGAAACUCUUGAAAAAGAAAAUGAAUGAAAAACAAGGUCUUAAUAUAUAUAUAAUUGUUUUUCUUUAAGGUGCUGAUGGGAAAGCAAAUAAGUCGUUGUAAGCAUGAUUCAAUUGCUUUUUGGUUUCUUCCUUGUUAUUAUUCAAUUGUAGACAUUACCAUUAUUGCAGUUUAAGCUUUUGCUUGUAGCCAGUGAAAGAAAAUGGCCCGAGCUAAAGGCUAUAUAUAAUUUUUAAACAAAGUCGAUGGCUCGUGUACAUUUUAUUUGCCCCGCAAAUCACCUAACGUAGUCUAUGUAUUGUCCUGGUAAAUACACUAGAGUAUUUGUUUAGUCUCAAGCUACAUUAAUUUCAACAAGUAAGAUGAUGUUUUUACACUUUGUCGUGGACUACAUUUUUUUAUGGAGUAACUGCACUUUCUCUGACGUGUUUAUUGAAGAUCUUUUAAAGGAAACAUUUUUUUAGUGAAUGGUGUAUAUUCUAUUGCACCCAUUUAAAUCACGCACCCAAUGUCACGGAUCACAGGUUUUGACGUUCCUACACUUAUUGACAACUAUUUUUUGUCUCUUACUUAUUUCAAGGAGCCAUUCGAGCCAGCCAGAGAACCAGUGCGAACCCAUCGACCCGGCUGAGGCCGCCAUGCUGCUUGGGAAAACGAACAAUACCAACAGUCGCCCUGAGAACGAACAACCUGAAUACGCUAUGGUAAAGAAAAACGACCGAAAAGAGGUGUGUAUUGAAUAUCCUAUCAACGUCUUGCUGCAAAUGAUAAUGAAAAACUAUUGUAGCUAUAGGUAAGUUCGCCAAAAUGUCGUCUAAUAAAAAAAGGCUUCUUGAUUCGUGAGUUUUAGAGAAACACUACAAUUCUCAGCAUUGAGAAAAGUAGGAUGAAAUUGAGGCUGAAUCGAGGCAAUUUCUUUUGGGCGCCUUCUAGAAAACGAUAUGUCCAUGUUUUCGUCUCUCCAAACUUGAUUGCCAGAAGAUUUUAAUCAAAAAAUAGAAUCAUCAAUUUCAUUGACUGGUUGGUCAAUCCAAAGCUUGUCACAGCACGAUCUGCGGAGUAACUGCAGAAUACCCGACCAUUUUGAAACUAUGCUCCCAGUGGCUACGUGGCUACGUGGCUACACGGCUACGCGGCUAUACGCGGCUACGUGGUUAGGGUUAGGGUUAGCUAUCCCUACGCACCUAUCCCUAACUCUAACUUUAACUCUAAGUGGCUACGUGGCUACGUGGCUACGUGGCUGCGUGGCUACGUGGCUACACGGCUAGCCCUAACAGUAACUUUAACCCUAAGUGGCUACGCGGCUACGUAGCUAACCCUAACCAUAACCCUAAACUGAAUCACAGCUCUAACUCUCACCCUCACCCUAACCCUAACCCAAACCCAGAGAAUGCAGGUACGUGGGUGAGAUAAUUCUAACUCUUAUCCUCACCCCGAGUCAGUCCCCUAACCAAGUCUAACCCGAACAGAAAUGCUUAUAGAACGACGUAAAUUGUGUGGUAGUGGGAGUAAAUUGGAGUAUAAGGGGUAUUAGCUUCGAAGUGAGCUGCUAUUCUAAGUAGCCCCGUACCCACUAGCCCCUUAGCCACGUAGCCACUUUUUAAGUGGAAUAGCUUUGCAAUGGCCGGGUAUUCUGCAGUCAAGCCCGAUCUGCAACAGUGCAAAUCGGCAAGAUAGUUAGGAAACGCGCGCGCGGCUAUAAUGGGUGCUAAAUCAUCUUGCAACCUCACCUAAUUGUUUGUCACAGAGUAUUGACGUUAUUGUCGUCAUCUUCAACGCUCUUAUAAAUUAUCUUGCCGGUGUUUUUAGCCAAUAGAAGAAGAUACGACGCAAGAGUCCCCUGAAAUGGAUCAUGAAUACGCAGUAGUGAACAAAGCCAAGAAAAAGGUACCUUAUUAGUCCGAUGGGGUACUCCCACUUUGUGCCGCCCGAUAGGGUAUGGCUUUUGAGGGGUCCAUCCCAAGCAUCUUUUUUGCUCUCGUUGGCGUUGUGUUUUGGUGGAUCGAAUUCCGUUUAUUUUCUCAGCUAAAAUUUAAGUGGGUAAAUGCCUAGCUACACGAGAAACAACUCAUCUCACCUUAGAGAAGAGUAUUAGGAAAGAGAUCUUGGGAAGAUUUGGGUGUUCCCAUUAAAUUCUUAGUUUUUGUUUUCCCUUUGAAUUGGGACUCUUUUUUUUUCAGGUUUAGGUCUUAAAUUGGUAUCAGCUUUUGUUCUUAUCCUUAAAAAGGGCUAGGGUUUAAGACCCCUGGGCGGCACACACCGGGCUUCUUAGUUAUUAGUUUCAGUGUUUUUUUUACCGAAACUAAGACCGAAAGGUAUCCUGCAGCAUUCGGUUAGGUUUGAAUAUGUGAGGUACAACUAGUUGACUCAGAUCGCCAUUCAUCUAAAAUUCUUCGCCAUGAAAUCUCUCAUCGACUACAUGCUUUUAGUAAAAAAACGUACCUUAAAGGGUGUUAUAAACUUCAUGGCUUUAAAACCUUUAAAGUUUUUGGUUCCACGGCCCUUUUACGGCUAGAUUUCUGUUUCUUCUCCCGGAAGAAACGUAAGUCUAGCUCAUAGUUAGUUAGUUUCCAUCACACAACACAAUUGCACAGCGGUAGCGAGAACGCUCAUAUGAAUACUUGGGCGCUAAUAAGCAGGUUUAAAGUUGUUGUUCGUGCUCGUUGCCUUUGCAGAAAAAGGAAGGAGAUCUUCUUUAUGCUGAAAUAGACGUGGCUGAGUUUGGCGAAACUCAAAAUGACACUGAAGCACACAAACCGUCUUCAUAUGAGCCCACGGUAUAUGCUGACGUAAUGGUUGACAAGGCGGAUCCGGAUUCCACGCAGCCAACUUACACGAAUCUUCAGACUACCGGAGUGUAA